AUGCCAUUAUAUGCAUCGUCUCCACUUUCCCCGACUACAAAUACAUCAACCAAUGGUAUUAUUUCAAAAAAAGAAAAUAACGGGAAUUUAAAAGCAAAUGGAGAAAAUUCAGCUUCCUCGUCACACGGAAUAGAGGACACGCUAUUCGGAGCAUUGAAAGAUCUUUUCACAAAAAUUAUUAGCCAAAAGAAAAAAACCGGCGCCGUGGCACCAUUUCAAUUCAUCACAAAAUUAAAAAAAGAGAAUGAACUCUUUAGGUCAACCAUGCAUCAGGAUGCCCAUGAAUUUUUGAAUUAUGUAUUGAAUGCGAUUGCAGAAAAUGUGUUGGAGCAACAAAAAAAAAUGGAAGAAGCGGAAAAACAGCAGACUGAGAUGAGUGAUAAAUCAAAGCUUCAUGCUGAUCCUAACGAAGAAGCAGAAGCAAGUUCAAUGGGUGGCUCUGUUCGGACGUUAUCCAACUCAUCAAAUUCAGCUACAACAUGGGUUCAUCAACUUUUUGAAGGUAUCACGACCAAUGAAACAAAGUGUCUCACAUGUGAAACUGUUACAAGCAAAGACGAAUCUUUUCUCGACCUUUCUAUCGAUAUCGAACAAAAUUCUUCGGUCACAUCAUGUUUGCGUCAAUUUUCUGCAAGCGAAAUGCUAUGUCACAAAAAUAAAUUCUUUUGUGAUGUAUGUUGCGGGUUACAAGAAGCCGAAAAACGGAUGAAGAUCAAAAAGUUGCCUAAUGUGCUUGCUUUGCAUCUCAAACGCUUUAAAUACCAAGAGAAACUCCAAAAAUAUAUAAAACUUUCAUACCGAGUAGUUUUUCCUACUGAGUUACGACUCUUUAAUACUUGUGAAGAUAUCGAGGAUCCUGAUAGAUUGUACGAGCUUUAUGCUAUUUGUGUGCAUAUUGGCAGUGGACCUUAUCAUGGACAUUAUGUCACAUUGGUAAAAAGUGCGGGACAAUGGUUAUUAUUUGAUGAUAAUAACUUCGAGGCUGUCGAAGAAUCUGAGAUUCAAAAAUAUUUCGGAGAUCUUCCCAAUGGUUCAGGAUAUGUGCUAUUUUAUCAGGCAUCUGACCUAAGCCUGAAUACGUUCGGGCUAGCAAGUCCAAGUUGGGCUCAAAGUGUAGGUUCAAGUGGGUCGUCAGCAGAGUUUGAAGUUUCACCGGAACCAAGUGAGGCUCAAGCAAUAGCAUCAUCAUCAAAUGCUCCUACAAUCAUAAACACAAUAAUACCAAUAGUACCGAUGACCAAAAUUUGCUAUCACCAAUAA